AUGGCCGAUUCUGGUGAUGUCCAGUAUCCUGCUGUCGCCAAACCCAGCUCUACCGCCGACAAUGUCACAUCCGAAGCUUCCAAAGUGACUCCCUCCACUACCACCUCAACCGGCCAGCAAUUGACUCACUAUCAUUCUCAGUUGUACAGUCUUCUGAGCUGGGAACGUCCACGGGCUACUGCUAUUUCUUUUGCCAGUGUCGUCACUUUCAUCCUCGCUGCUCGCUAUCUGCCUCUUCUGCAAUGGCUUUUGAAAUUUCUCUACGUUACCCUCGGAGUCACUGCCCUUGCUGAAGGUGCCGGUAAGCUCAUUCUCAACCAAGGUUUAGCAAGCUCUUUCCGCCCCCGCAAAUAUUACACCCUUCCCAAGGAGACUGUCGAAGGAAUUUUGGAAGACUUGGGGCAGCUUUUCGAUUUUUUUUUGAUCGAGUUCCAGCGUAUCUUGUUCGCUGAGAAUGUCCUUCACACUGCCGCUGCUUUCGUCGCCGCUUUCCUAUCGUGGUUGCUCAUCAUGUUCCUUCCUCUCUGGGGCCUGUCUUUGAUCGGCGUGAGCGUCGCCUACCUCGGCCCUCUGUUCUACAUCAGCAAUCGUGAAAUUAUUGACGAGCAAAUCGCCGAGGUUCAGAAACUGAUCAAUGCUCAAGCAAACCAAGCCAAAGAACUUGCCAAUCAGCAGACCGCUCGUGCUACCGGCUUGGUGAAGCAGUAUGCCACCGACUACAGCAGCAAGGCACACGAAUACAUUGGAAACCGCCGCUCAGCUUCUCCAGAGACCGCCCGAGCCCCUGCUGUCAAGACCGAGCCUGUUAGCCCUCCCAAAUUCCAAACCUCGGAUUUCCCGGUGGCUCCCAAAACCGAGCCCGUUGCAGCUGCUCCCGAAACAGAGGCUGCCAAGCCUGCAGAGACUAAGCAGGAGCCUCUGUUGGCUCUGUAA